AGACGAUAGAGUGAACUAUAUUGUGUGUUCAAUAGAGUGAGUGGUAUUUCAACUGUAGCGUAAAAUUUAAACACACAUUUAUGGUUGCUUUUGAUAUGUCGGAAAAACUUAACAGGGCCAUGGCUUCUUAAAGCACCUUUGGAAUUUUAUAGAUUUUAAGUGAUUCUUUUUGGCGUGUCGUUUUGGAAGAUAUGUUUUAUUCGCCAUGUAUUAGUCGGAUUAAACUGUUAAAUUGGAAAGUACAAUCCAGCUGUUGACAAGUCCCUUAGAUGCCCGUACGUUAUGAAGUGGUCAAGAUGACGACGCCAAUUCACGUACACCUCCUUAUUCUCCUGGAAGUCUUAUUUUGUACACAAGCGGCCGUCGGAUUGGGAACGCAAUGUCAGUCCCACGCCGAUUGCGAUGUUAGCGGGAAUGAGGGAUGCAUACAUUUACGGUGCGCAUGUCAAACCGGAUAUAGCGACUUAAAUGGCGCAUGCUACAAAGAUGGCUCCUUGAAUGGCGCCUGCAACGCAUCAGAUCCCUACUCGUGCACCCAGAAUAAUAGCACGUGCGACAGCAGCACUCUCCAAUGCGCAUGCGUGGACGGAUUUACCCUUUUACAGGGCGAAAGGAAUAACACGGAAUGUUUCGCCGAUUCGUUCCCUCCCGAAUGUUACAAUGGAAACUUCGUAUUUGAAACUGCAAAAAGUGAGGAGACGCUUUCCAACGUUUGCUUCACGGUUCCCACUAACUGCACGGAUCCAGUAAAAGGCGAGGCUAUCCUGUACUCGUUUUCAGGGGGUAACGGCACGGCGCUGUUUAUACUUAAUGCGGACGCCGGUUCGAGCAGUAACUUGUUGAUGUCCGUCUGCACAACAACCAAUCUGAAGAAUAAAUAUGGCACAUAUGAGAUCACCGGCGCUAUCCUUUCCUCAUACGGCGAGAGACAAUUUCGCCUACGAAUAAACGUCAACGACGUCAAUGAUCCUCCGGUUUUCAUGUCGCCAUUAGGGUUCUCGACAUGGAUUUAUGAGGACUUCCCUGUUGGAUACCACAUAUUCAGAGUUUCUGCGACAGAUCCGGAUUCCGGACCUUUCGGGAUUGUUACGUACACCCUUGAAAACACAUCUCCAUUCAAUAUUGACGUCAACAGUGCCGAUAUCUCAGUGUUCAGCGUACUGGAUGCGGAAGUUAGCACUUCUCACAAACUGAUCGUCAAGGCGACUGACGGUGCUCCUAUACCAUUACAGACGACAACAACCUUAACCAUAACGAUCAAGGACAUUAACGACAACCCCCCUGUGUGUGAGAAGUCGAGUGUGUUCGCCCGUCUGGAUGUUACGGAACCCGUUGGCACGUUGGUCGCCUCUCUAGUCUGUAACGAUGCCGAUGUGUCAGACGAGUUUAAACAACUCGGAUACGCCAUCCAAUCGCCGACUUCAGGGUUUACGGUCAAUCAGACUGGUCACGUGACGAUAGCCAGCGUUUUACCUCGAGAAAUCACCGAGCAUGUCAUACUUAUCAAGGUCACGGACGUCAACAUGACGAACAACGCUAACUUUACGAAGACGGUCACCGUUACCUUGGCGGUUAACAAUUCGUUCCCUCCCGAAUGUAACAAUGGAAACUUCGUUUUUGAAACUGUAAAAAGUAACGCGACGUGGUCCAACGUUUGCUUCACGGUUCCCACUAACUGCACGGAACCAGUAAAGGGCGAGGCUAUCCUGUACUCGUUUUCAGGGGGUAACGGAACGGCGCUGUUUAGACUUAAUGCGGACGCCGGUUCGAGCAGUAACUUGUUGAUGUCCGUCUGCACAACAACCUAUCUGCAUUAUAAAUAUGGCACAUAUGAGAUCACCGGCGCUAUCCGUUCCUCAUACGGCGAGCGACAAUUUCGCCUACGAAUAAACGUCAACGACGUCAAUGACCCUCCGUUUAUCUUUCCGAACUUCUCGUUUUCGAUUGGUGAGAACAUCCCUGUUGGAAAAAUAGUAUUCAGAGUUACGACGGAAGAUCUGGAUUCCGGACCUUCCGGGAUUGUUUCGCACACCCUUGAACCAACAUCUCAAUUUAAUAUGGACGUAAACACUGGCGAGAUUUCAGUGAUAAGCGUCCUGGAUGCGGAAGUUAGCACGUAUCACAUACUGAUCGUCAAGGCGACGGACGGUGCUCCUAUACCAUUACAGACGACAGCAACCGUAACCGUAACGAUCAAGGACAUUAACGACAACCCCCCUGUGUGCGAGAAGUUGAGUGUGUCCGCCCGUCUGGAUGUUACGGCACCCGUUGGCACGUUGGUCGCCUCUCUAGUCUGUAACGAUGCCGAUGUGUCAGACGAGUUUAAACAACUCGGAUACGCCAUCCAAUCGCCGACUUUAGGGUUUACGGUCAAUCAGACUGGUCACGUGACGAUAGCCAGCGUUUUACCACGAGAAAUCACCGAGCAUGUCAUACUUAUCAAGGUCACGGACGUCAACAUGAUGAACAACGCUAACUUUACGAAGACGGUCACCGUUACCUUGGCGGUUAACAACAAAAUCCAGCCCGUUUGUAAGCCAGCGUCUGUGGCAAAGACACUUGCCGAAAAUUCGAUCGUCGGUUCCUGUCUAGAUGCCGAACUGUUGUGCGAAGAUCCGACGAACGGAACGCCAACACUGGUCGCCACAUCCGGGUCUGCAAGCACCUUGCUGGAGAUUCGAACACAUAACCCCGGUACCAAGUUGGGUCUCAACGCCUGUAUUUUGUCCAGCCUGAACGGUCGAGUGGGAAAGUAUGAGUUAUUCGGAAUCGUAACCAACGGCCUUGCCAACACGACGUUAACGUGGACAUUCACCGUCACGAACGUCAAUGACGCGCCUAUGUUUUACGGUGCGCCUUACAACGUUACGGUGGACGAACUGAAGCCGGCAGAUACGGUGAACCCGAUACUCGUGUUGUCCGUCGGCGAUCCGGAUACGGGGUUGGGGAACCAGGCGUUUGAACUGGUUUCCGUGGAGGCUGAGUUGACAAACAACGCCCAGUUCAACAACGCGGCAUCUUCCUUGUUGUUCUAUGUCCCCAAGGUGUACUCUUUCUACGCCCUCAUGUUGAACGCUACGGAGAGGAACCUUUAUACGUUCCGCGUGAAUGCAUCGGACGGCGCAGGUUUGAGCGCCAUAACCUAUGUUUACGUUCACGUCCGGGACUUGAACUCGGCUCCAGUCUGUGGGCCCAACAGUGUUUACAAUAGCAGCAUCGACAUCCUGGCUGUGCCGGAAAAACAGCUGAUUCAGCUUCGUUGCUGGGAUACCGAUAUCGACACGAAAAAUAAGCGUUUACAGUACGCUAUAACCGGGGGCGACGCCGAUAAAUACUUUAACGUAACGGCCGACGGCGUCGUAGUGGUUGGCAAGCCUCUGCCGCGUAACCUUCUCUACCAAAACGGAAGUACGGUGCUAAGAAUCAGAGUUCAGGACAAUGCUGACGUCCCAUUAGAUGCAAACGUGACGGCAACCAUCAGUGUUGAUAAUAAGAUCCCUGCCACAUGCUCUCCGCGUUUCACAUCCCCUGGGGUCUGGGUCCAGGGAAGAUGUGCCAUCAUCACUAUGGAUUGCACCGAUCCCACCAUGGUGACGCAAACCCAUUUGACGUACAUGCUGUCCGGUAACUAUACUCAGGGAUUUAACAACGUGACUGUGGAGGGCAACAAAAUAACAAUGUGUUAUAAGCUGGUACAAAGCGGCAAAUUUGAGAUUAUUGUGGAAGUGUAUAAUGGCCUUAGCAACGCCACAUAUCGGCAGUUGAUCGACGUCAACUACUCUCAGGCGACGCCAGUUUUUAACGCCUCUAGAUACGACAGAAACGUCAAUGAGACAGUCGCCCUUGGGUCGUUGGUUUUCACGGCGUCAGCAACGUCAGAAAAUCUGAUAGGCUCUAUCGUUUAUCGAGUUCGAGCCGCGGAGCCAGAUUUUGCCUGGAACCAGUACUUCAAGUUUGAUGGCACAUCCGGUAAUCGUUCCACUAAUAGCUCAUUGAAACCGCUUGCGGACAAGCAGUAUGUUCUCAAGAUAGAGGCGGAAGACACCGGAUCAAAACUGAAGUCCGAAACAAGUCUCCAGCUGAGCAUAAUUGACAUAAACGAGCCGCCACAGUGCAACGUGAACGCAAUCAACGUCAACAACGUCCCAGUUGACGUUGACGUCGGUACCGUCUUGGUCACGUUUACGUGCAUCGACGCUGAUACGAAACCGACAUUCUCUACUCUUCAGUCGUCUUUACAAUCAGACACCCAGUCAUUCCGUCUCAAUGCUACGGGACUAUCCGGUUCCAUAGCAACCAGCGCCCUUUUAGGGGUCAUGCAGGGGUUAUACACAGCGAUCUUAAAGGUCCAGGAUGAAGGUGGACUGCAGAUUGUCAAGGUCAUCAACAUUACCGUAAACCUUUUACCACCGCCUGUGAAAAUGAAGGUAACGGAAGUAAGCCACAAUCACGCCAAGGUCACGUGGUCAUAUGAACGCCCAGAUUUCACACAGGUCACCAACAGCUACAUUGUCACUCUCAAAAUGGCGGGAGGAUCGGCCAGUAAUUUCAGCCUGACAGUAUCAGACCCACCGGAGAUGCGACUAGUAGAUUUGCAACCGGAAAACAACUAUUCUGUUGUGGUGACUGCCGUGACCGUGUAUGGCCGGCGCCCUUCGUCUGCGAUUGAUAUCAAAACUCUCGCUGUUCCGGUACUGAGUCACGUGACAGCGACAAUUCGUGCGCUGCAGAUUACGUACGAUGAGAAACUACGCGAUCCGGACAAGACAUACUUUUUCGAAACCGUAACUUUCGUACGGGCGCAACUUGAGUUCGUAUUAAAGCAGCCACGAUUCAAAGGAUUUGCGAGCCUUGCAAUAAAAGGUUUUAGACCUGCAAACAGCAUCUACGUAGAUUUUAUCGUGGCGGUGAACCAGUCAGGAAGUGCUCAGGAGACGAUUGCGCAACUCUACGCCACAGUGACCUCCGGGUGGAUGGGGAACAUGUCGGUCGACUCCUCCUACUUUGUAGUCAUAUCUGGAGAUAAGUACAUCAAAAUCAAUAACGUAACGUUUCGCCCGGUGAACGUUUACAACGGAACGAAUGUCGAUCUCACAUGUAACGUGGUUACCGUCGGUUACAACGCCAGCGACCCGAUCAAGAACUGGUGGACGUUUAAGGGGGUUCAGAUCCGGCCAACGGACGGCUCUAGAUUCAACAUUACGAGCUCGAUACCCGAUCCGAAGAUUCCGGAGAACAGGCAGUUUACGCUUAGUAUUGAGCCAGCCCUGAACCAUCACGACGGAGCAUAUGAAUGUCACGUUCAAGACGCAUCCGGUAACCAAUCAGAUGUCGCCAGGAUUCAACUUCCGGUCAUCGCCCAGCCGACAGUUCUUAUUGAACCCACUAACGUCAGCAUUUUGUAUGACGCCAGCGUUAACGUCAAUUGCAUAACCGUGAUGUCGUAUAAGACGUUCAAUGACUUUAUAUGGUUUAGAAAUGGACAACUAUUUCAACCAAAUGCUUCCGCCGUAACUGUUGGCAACGAACAUGCAACCUUGACCAUUUCCGGCGUCAAAGAGAACGUUGUAUACGCAUGCGCAGGGCGUAAUAUCGCAGGGAUUGGGCCAAUGGUUUCAAUGUCCAUCCAUGUCCGGCCUAAACCUAACGAACCAAUUAAGUGUCCGGAAAACAAGGAUCUGCAGGGAACCACAUGGCCGGAAACGGUUCCAGGCAACCCUGUAACUUUCCGGUGCCCAAACGAUAGUACCGGGGAUAUUUCACGUAACUGUAGCGCCACUGGCCUUUGGGAGUUGCCUGUCUAUGCGUGCGUUCGGAUCGCUAUUCAGACCAUUUGGGAUACGGUCAACAACAUCAAAGACAGCGCAAGUUCAGUAAAUCUCUCCAGCGUUCUUGGCGACCUUUCUGACGUCACUAAGGACACUAACCUUUAUCAGGGUGACAUUGAUACAACCAUUAACAUGUUGGACACCGUCGUUGACAUAAUGGACCAGCAGACUAUCAAAGACCCGGACACCAAGUGGGAUUUCCUGACAAUUGCUAGCAAUCUUAUAGAUGAGCGAAACCAACCAUCAUGGCAGACACGAAUAGAACGGAAACAAUUGGGCGCUAUCGACGUUCCGCAGCUGGUGGAACUAUUUUUAGACCAGAAGUUUGACCAACUACAAGCUGACAAGAUGCAGACCUUCCCCUUGAAAAACAUAUAUGUUAACAUGGGACGGGGAAAAAGGUCUAACUACCAGUUUCCGGACAGAACCAGCGACACACUUCCGGAUUGGCUAAAGGCGUCACAGACGGGCAUCAAGAUUCCGGCACAGGCUUUCAACGGUCUUCCAUCUUUGCACUACGCCAGUUCCUUCUACAGAAACAUUACACCCAUACUCGUCAAGAAACUGAUGACAAAUGGAGUGGUGGAGACUAUGAAAAGCACUAUGGACAUCAACAGUGACAUUGUGGCCUUUCAAAUAAAAGAGAGUGGGUCUGUAAUUGACCCGCCCGCGGAAAUAACGUUCCAGCAUUUCGAUAGCAAUUACUCGAAUCCUAUUUGCUGUUAUUGGAAUUUUACUACCGGGACGUUUGUGAGGGACGGUUGCAAACUCGUUUCUACCUCCGCUGAGAAGACAGUUUGUGCGUGCAGUCACUUCACAAAUUUUGCCAUUCUAAUGAGUCCAGGGAGAGCGAGUCCAGCCGAUGUGAAGGCUCUGAGCAUCAUAUCUGCAGUGGGAUGUGCCAUCUCCAUCUUCUGUCUAGCGAUCACUGUUGUUGCAUAUCUACUCGUUUGGAGAUACGUCAAGAGCGACCGGGCCGUGUUGUUGUUAAGUCUGUGUGUUGCCCUGAUUAUAUCGUACGCCCUAUUUUUGGGAGGUGUAGACAGAGUUGCGAACGAGGUUACGUGCGCAGUGAUCUCGGCCCUAUUGCACUACUUCUACCUUGUCGUGUUCUUCACGAUGCUCGCGUAUGGCGUCGAGAUUGCCAUUUCCGUCAUCUACGUCUUCAAGACGGACUCACGGCUCAAGUGGUUACUGCCAGUUGCGUGGGUCGCUCCAGUCAUCAUUGUUGCCGUGUCUCUAGGCGUUACAAAAACAGAAGGAUAUGGAAACGAUGAAUUUUGCUGGUUAUCUGUUGAGGAUGGCGUACUAUGGGCUUUUGUUGGACCAGCACUGUGUAUUAUUCUAAUAAACACUAUAAUUGUCAUAACAGUAAUACAUAAGAUGUUCAAAUCAUCAGCGAUGAGGACGAAAUCAGAUAAGGAAAAGGCAAGACUUGGUGUAAGAAGUUUAUGCGUGUUAUUGCCGAUACUAGGAAUUACUUGGGUGUUUGGAGUGUUCUCCGUCAACGAACAAACCGUUGCCUUCCAGUAUAUCUUUGCAGUAUGCAAUGCAUUGCAGGGUGUGCUGAUUUUCGUCUUCCACUGUGUAUUCAACAAACAGCUAAGACAAGGGCUGAAGCAGAGAAAUGUACGCAAGAAUACACUGGCUUCCAUUGAAAAAGAUUUCAAAAAUCAGCAAUCAACGGAAGAAAAUAGUCUUAGACAGUCGCAGGGGUCUCGAAAUAACAGUUCGAGUUACGAUCAGCUAGAUACGGGGAUCAGAGAUUCACAUAAAUACAUGGAUGUGGUAGCGCAAACAAAAUCUUCUUCGAAGGAUAGCGGGAGCGAUAGGAGCAGAAACAAGCGACAGAGCACGGAUGACGAAAAAUUACGCCAGCAAGAAAAUGCGAAUGCGAAAAAGAUCGAGAAGGAAAAGCAAGAACGAGAAGAGAAGCUGAGAAAGGAAAACGAGACAAGAAAAAAGGAACGUCAACGUCGCGAACGUCACGGCAAAAGUAACGUGCCCCAGAUCCGUAUAGGUUAUGAACGACCUGAAGACCCGUAUUCCAGUGGGUCCAAGCUGUCAAAGAGUAGCCGAUCAAGCCGUUCUGACGAUGAUUACGAGGGUGGCUCAGCACAAAAUAUAUCUUCCAUAGGUACAGCGCUACCUCAGAAAUAUGAACACAGUGCUGGUCGGAAAAAGAAGGACAGCAGCAGAAGUGAAUCAAAGAAAACCAGCAGUCUUCCAAAGAGCAAGAAGGACAAGAAGAAAGGUUCGCACUCGAAGGACAGGUCUCGACUUUACGAAUACCCUUACGAGGGCACGUACCUAGGCGGUCAGUCCCUGCACGCAAGCUUAGGGAACAUGAAUAUGCAACCACAAUACGGUUACAGUCCCUAUGGUCACGGUGUGGGCGCCGCUGGCUACCAGACAGGACGCCCGUCCCAUCAGCAACAACAGUGGGGUCAGUACGGAGACCCGUAUAGUUACGGUCCACAGGGGCCUUAUAGGGGCCAGCAGACAAAAUAUUGGUGAAUCAGCAACAUAUAUUUGGUUUUAGUUCGACGCGCAUCAAGAGAAGUUUUGUGUUAAUAGCGUCUGAAAUAUAAUCUAAAGAAAAACAAGUAUAUAAAGAUUUAAUACAUGUGAUAUGUUUAUAAAGAAAAAUGCUGAAAAGUUCAAAGAAAAAAAAACGGCCAUGAUCGUAUGUCUGUAAGUCGAUGAGCUGCAAACUUGUCCGUUGAAAUACUCCUACAUGUUUCAAUGUAUUCUAUCCUCACAUUGUAAGGGCUGCAUCUACAUUACGAACAUGUUCAUGGCAUUUUCAUUAUCCUAUCUAUAUUAUAUCAAAAGUAGCUAAUGCCCAUGUUUCCAUUUAAUUUGUAUGUAUGAUUAUCAUAAUGCCCACUUUCGACAUGUAGCGACAUACGGCAUCGGAGGGUAUACAACAUUUCAGUGAAAGUUCUUAUUGGUUUUGUAUACAUCACAUAUGCAAAAUCAUGAACAUUUUUAAGAGUGCAUUAUAUAUACAAUUUUUGAUCAUUUGUCUACGUUAAUUAAUAUUGUGUUACAAUUGUCACUUAACUACCGUCUCUUUGUUUACCAAUCGCUAUACGUGAGCUACUGCAUUCCUAUAUUUUGAACGAUUAUAUCUUACAGUUUUAGACAAUGCACAUAAAACUGAAACGCCUGGGAUUAAACUAUGAAAUAAGCAAGUGUAAUUAUUUCUUAUAAAUUAUUACUUACUACAAAGACAUGACUGAAAUACUGUUAAAUCCGGUACACAAUUCAUAUAAAACACCCAAUUUGAAACUAAAAAAAACACUGAAAGAACCCGUUCGAUAUAUUUUUAACAGCACUCGAUCUCUAUACGCAAAAGGUCCUUGCAUUUACCCUUUGCUAUUAAUUCAAAUUGGUUUACACGUGUUUCACAAGUGAAAUAAUAUAACAACAUAUUUUUCAACUUUUUGAUUUUAUUCAUGGCUUUAAAGCAAUAUAUGGCAGGAAUGAAAUAUCAUAUUG